AUGAAAUUUCUGGAUGAAUGUGAUGAAGAAUUAUUAUUAGAUCUACCUGAAAAAUUAGAUAAACAUAUAGCAAAAGAUGAAAUAACGAAUAAAACAUUAGAAAGAGUUCUAUUUAAUGAUUACCCUAUAAUACAUGUUAUUCCAUUAAGUAGAAGAAUUGCUAUUAUAUUGUAUAAAUUUACUGGGAAAAAAAUACAUAAGAUUGCUGUUCAUUCUAUAUAUUAUACUUUAGUUAUUAUUUUAACACAUAAAUGCAAUUCAAAUUUAUGCCGCAAAUAUACAGAGUUGAAUAAUGUAGAAUUUCUUACUAUAGUGGUUAUAUGCUUAUCACAAAUAUUAUAUAAUAUUGGAAAAUUUGAUUUUUUAAAAAAAUAUGAGACUCCUGAAGUGAGAGAAAAAGAAUUAGCCAAGAAAAAAAAAUGGGAAAUUAAGAAAAAGAGAGAACAGAAUAUGAUAAAUAAUAUUAAUAAUAAAAAUGUAAGAAAAAGAUUAUGUAAGAAAUAUAUACUUUAUGAUGUGUUAUAUUCAUUAUUUCAAUUAUUUUGUAUUAUUAUUAUUGUGUUAGACUUGAUUAAAAGUACUGUGGUAUAUGAGACGCAAGAAAUAGCAUCUGCUGCCUAUAUCCCUGUUCGUAUUUUUAUAGAAGAUCGUAGAAAUUCCCAGGAUACGAAGAAAGCAUUUGGUAGUAUUUUGAUGAUUUUAGAUAUACCAAAGGUAUUUUUAUAUAUUUAUUUCACAUUUUUAUUAUCAUUAUCAUUUAUAAUUAUGGCAUCCAUUAUAUACAUAAUGAUAAAAGUUGUAAAAUAUGAACAUUUAAAAGAAAGGAAAACUAAAAUGAAUUUUAUAGAAUAUUGA